AUGUCAUCGGCCCAAGUUGAGGAGCUGGAGAAGCGCGCCACCGCCGCUGAGUUGGCCAUUGAAGAGCUCAAACAAGGCCUGAAUGCGCAGCCGCUUGGCUGCGGGGGUAGCGAUGCGGGAUUGGAGUCCCGUCUCCGUGAACUGCUGAAAUUGAUGGAGGAGGACCGGAUGGAGUGUGAGGUGAUUCGUGCGAAGCGGGAUGAGCUAAAGGAGGAGAAUGAGCGGCUGCGAGCGCAGGUCCAGAAACAUGAGUACCGCAUCAAACAUCUCCUGCGAACAAUUAACGAAAUCGAGUCAGGAAGGCAGCAGAGUGAAAAUUCAUAA